UUCAUUGCUGGUUUUGCUUUUAGGUUUAAUGUUCAUCUAACUCUAAACCUGUGAUCAAAGAUUCAAUGUAUCCAUUGUUGAUAAUGGAUACGAUUAAGUUUGUUACAAUUUAACACACUCAAUUACCCCUGAGUGUAACAAUUUACCGAUAAUUUAACUUAAACUACGAAUAAACAUUGUCAGCCUCUGAAAGCUUGGAUUUGAUGCUAGAUAACAAAAGAGAUGAAGUUGUCCAUUGAUCAAUCACACGGUUUCACUUCUCUUCCUCAUCUAAUCAUGUGAAUUAUCAGAGUUUAAUUAUGGUUUGCUGUGAUGAUCGUGUUCAUUAUCAUUCUCAUUCAAUUACAAUGAGUGCCUCCUAGAAAAAAAAGAAAGAGAAACAAGAGUAAGAGUAAAACUCAAAAUGAAGAAAGGAAUAGUAACUUUGUCUCCUAGGUAAUCAUGAAGACGACUUUGAUUUCUAGUCAUCAACUUAUCCUAAUUGCUGCAAUCAGUUAACUCGCUACAUUUUAAUUCCACUUUGUUCAUAAAUUUCCCAACUUGAUCUAAUUAUAUUUUUUGUGGUUCAACAUUAUUCCAAAAUCUUUCCAGCUUGAAUCAACAUGAACUCCUCUCUUUUCCUCCGACCAACAUGUCUGAAUAGACUGAACAGAGUUAGAAAUUAUCCAACGAGUGUAAAUCGAUCUACUCAUCAUCCGGAAUUAUCAAAGAUCUUGAUUGCCAACCGAGGAGAAAUCAGCUGUAGAAUAGCCCGAACUGCUAAAAGAAUGGGGUUGCUAACCACUGCCGUUUACUCAAAUAUGGAUAGGGAUUCAAUGCACGUUUAUCUCGCUGAUGAAGCAAUUAAUCUUGGCAACUCACCCUCGGCUGAUAGCUAUUUAAACAAGACUAAGCUAAUUGAAGCUGCCAAGCGUUGUGGAGCCCAAGCAAUACAUCCUGGUUAUGGAUUUCUUUCUGAGAAUCAUGAAUUUGCUGAUAUGGUUAAUUCAUCAGGACUUAUAUUCAUUGGACCUCCUGCAUCUGCAAUUCGAGAUAUGGGAAUAAAGUCCAUCGCUAAACACAUCAUGUCUCAUGCAGGAGUACCAGUAGUACCAGGUUAUCAUGGAGAGGAUCAAAGUGAUGAACUUUUAAUGGCAGAGGCUGAGAAAAUUGGUUUCCCUAUUAUGAUUAAAGCAAUUAAAGGAGGCGGUGGAAAAGGAAUGAGAAUAUGUCUCAGUAAAGAAGAUUUCUUGACUCAGCUUGAAUCUGCUCGACGAGAAUCGCUGAAAUCAUUUGGUGAUCAAUCUGUUUUGAUUGAAAAGUAUGUCGCUAAUCCAAGACACGUUGAGGUUCAAGUUUUUGCUGAUCAAUAUGGAAACUGUGUAUAUUUAUUUGAACGAGAUUGUUCUGUUCAGCGAAGACAUCAAAAAAUCAUCGAAGAAGCUCCAGGACCAGGAAUUAGUAAUGAAACACGAAUGGAAUUAGGUAAAGCUGCUGUUCUUGCAGCCCAAGCAGUUAAUUAUGUUGGAGCGGGAACUGUUGAAUUCAUUUAUGAUCCUAAGGAUGGAAAGUUUUAUUUCAUGGAAAUGAAUACACGAAUUCAAGUGGAACAUCCGGUAACUGAAAUGAUUACUCGUGUUGAUUUGGUUGAAUGGCAAAUCAGAGUUGCUCGUGGAGAGGUUUUGCCUAAAACUCAAGAUGAGAUUAAACUUUAUGGUCAUUCAUUGGAGGCAAGAAUUUACGCAGAGGAUCCAGAUAAUAAUUUCAUGCCUGGUGCAGGUAAAUUAGGUAAAAUAUUGCUUCCUGAAGACGAAGAAAAUGUACGAAUUGAAAUGGGUGUUCGAAGUGGUGAUGAAGUUUCAGUUCAUUAUGAUCCCAUGAUUGCCAAACUAGUAGUUUGGGCUCCUGAUCGUAGUUCAGCAUUAACUAAACUCCGUUCAUCAUUAAGUAAAUUUAACUUAUCUGGUUUGAAAACCAAUAUAAACUUUCUCCAUCGUUUGGCCUCUCAUCCUGAGUUUGCCAAAGGUAAUGUUCAUACUGACUUCAUUAAAGAUUUCGAAAAUACGCUAUUUACCAAAACUGAAAUACCUGCUGAUAUAGUUGGGAUAACUGCUGUUGCUUUAUUUGCGUCAAAAUCUCAAGAUGAAUUAAAGGCAAGCCCAAUUGCUGCUGAUGCUUUCAGAUUGCAUAAAACAAUGCCUUCACAAAAGUCUUUCACUCUUCUUUACAACGACAAAAAAUAUAAUUCCAUAAUCAAGAAACUUGGACCCGAAGAAUACUCAGUUUCCAUAAAUGGAUCAUCAUUCUGGCCAGUCAAAGCAAAAUUUGAUCCAAAUACUCAUCAAUUAAUAGUUGAAGAUGACGGCCUGAGCAAAAAAUAUCAAUUUUUACAAUCAAAUGAUAGUCAAAUUGCUCUCUUCACUUCAGAUCAAGGAGGAUAUAAUUUUGAAAUCGAAACAAAAGCUCAUUAUCGAUCAAUUGGAUCAGCAGAUGCUGCUGAUGGGGCUUCGGGUUUAACUGCUCCUAUGCCUGGAGUAAUUGAAAAAAUACUGGUUUCAGAAGGUGAUACAGUUGAACCAGGAACACCUUUGGUUGUAAUGAUGGCUAUGAAAAUGGAACACGUUAUCAAAGCGAGUGUAAAGUCUAAAAUCGAAAAGAUUUUAUUCAAACCUGGUGAUAAUGUUCAAAAAGGUGCUCGACUGGUUCAAUUAAAGAGCUUAGAUCAACAAGAAAAUUAAUGAACAUUCCAAGACAAAAUUAUUUUGCAACUUGGUGGCUAGAAUUUUUUAUAUCUAAUAAAAAGCAAGAAACUAAGGAGUAUUAGUUUUUUGCCUUUCAUCUUCACAUGAUUCUUGGAAAUCUGAUAAUCGUUUCAUCAGAGUUUUGAAUUGGAUUGGCAUUUGCAGCAAUAAUGAUCAAGUUUAAAAUGACUCGACAAAUUCAUUUCUCAUUCUCAUUGAAAUUAAGUAAAUCUGUUUGGACCGGAUAAUUAUAAAAAUUUCAAAUUUUGAGAAGCCAUGUGGAAUAUUUAGAAAAAUAAAAUACAAAUCUUUGUUUUGUAAAA